GUUCCUGAAGCAUGUCGAGUAUCAAGUUAUCAGCAAGAGAUUUGGCUCAUCAGUGUAUCGACGAUACAACGACUUUGUGGCAUUAUACGAGCUGCUACUCAGCAGAUUUCCUUACAGACUUAUACCAAAGUUACCUCCCAAAAGAGUCGUUGGAAAUGGUGACACACAUUUUGUGGAAGACAGACGUAAAAGCCUGCGUCGCUGGUUGACGCUAAUUUCGAGGCACCCUGUGUUGAGCGACGACCCCAUACUGGCCUACUUCCUCACUCAACAGGGACCUGACAUCCAGUACAAAAUCCGGGAGGUUUUCAGAAGAAUGCCGGACGAGUUUACUACUUCCGACCUUGCUGCUAGUGCUAAGGAAUUGGUACCACCAGAAUGUCAUUCGGAAUUUGGAGCAAUCAGGGAUCAAAUCUGUGUGAUUACAAAUGGAGUCAGCAAAAUCAAACACAUUUCGGAUUUGAUGGCACUCAGAAGUCAUAGCUACUCAGAGGAUAUGUCAGAGCUAGGCACCCAGCUACACUACCUCUACACUGAGACCAAUAACUCAGCGCCGUCUGCGGAGUCAGCUGCAGACGGUAGUGUGGUGUGGCCUCGCAUAUGUCGCUCCCUGGGCGAGUUCAGCACACGUCUAACGCAGAUAACGCAGCGGGCAAGACAGCAGGCAGCUAGUGAAGAAGAACAGGUAUGUGACGAACUGGCAACACUGUUAGACGUGCUGGGAGCCCACCGUGACUUGUGUGAGCGUGUGGAGCGUGGUGUGGCUGACGACCACCAGAGGGCGCUCAGUAGGAUGUUGGCCCUCAAGAAACGCCAGAUACAGGGUGUUCUCAGAGGAACUGAUGCGGAAUCCGUGGAAGAGCUGGAGCAAAGAAUGCUGACUCAGGAGUCUGUGAUUGCGUCAGUCGAGCUGCGAGCUGCCUUUUCGCUGCACUGUGUGCGCAUGGAGACACAACUAGUUCACGCGCAUGCGCACAUACUUGCAAACGUGCUCAACGCACUAGUCGUUACUCAGAUGGAGGGUCAUGCUCAGCUAGCCGAAAUUUGGAAGCAAAUACAUCCCACCGUGUCAAAGUGUCUUCCAGAUGAACCUUCAUUCUCUUGAUAAAAAUGAUAGAAUUAGAUCAAAUUGAGCUGUAGACCUACCUAGCACAGUUGUACAAUAAUUUUCAUAUUUGAAUUUCUCAUUUGUAGAGUUUUGAGUGAAAUAUUUUUGUUUUUAAUCAGCUUUUAAAUAUCAAAAUUCAAAAUUUUUAGUUUUGUCAUUAGUUUUGAAGUGGAAAUUGGACUUUUUGAAGUGAAAGUGAAAUCUUAACCUUAUUCUUUUUGAAACUUUCAUUUGUUAAAAUUUGGGAGAAGACAACAGGCAUAGCCCAAAACUGUCAAUCAUAUUAUAUUUAUUAUAAUUAUGAUCUGUAAUUGCCAAUGAAAUAAAUAAAAUAAAUAAAAAAAAUAUCACAGACCUAUCAAAACUAUGGUUGUAUGUUAUAAUAUGGAGCAAUUUGAAGAACUAAACGUAUAUUGAAUGUGCCAAAUAAUAUUAAUUAUAAUCAUUUUUAUCCUUAUUUUAAUUUUGUUAUUAUUUAUUCAAAAAUAUCAUGAACAUCUAAAGUGAGGUCCACGUUAUAAUGGCAGUGAAGAAAGAUAGGAGAUCAACGUUGCCGAGGGGUGAAACCACUAAUUCCCCACACGUCGGGUUAAUUUUGAUUCAGAGAAUAUUAACGAGCCUCGGAACAGGACUGUAUUCAAGAAAAGUGAUUAAUUCUCCCAAUUUCGCAAAAAAUACAAAGUAGUAGGCCUAUAGUAAGGUCCACUUUAUAAUGGCAGUGGAGAAAGAUAGGAGAUCAACGUUGCCGAUCCUCUGUCUUGUCAACGCCUCACGUUAGCUGAUACAGGCUUAUUGAU